AUGGGUGGCAUUUGUUCGAGAUCAUGGAAAGCGACGGUAGAUGGUGUAGCUGUAGAUAAUGUACCUGGUGAAAGUUCCAGACAUUCUGCUAAUAAUGGUCAUGCUAAUAUUGACAAUCAAGGUGGAAAUGUAAAUGGAGUGAGUUUUCAGUCGGUUUCUGCCAAUAUAAAUAGUAAUUCCACUUUGCUUCCUCUUGCUGAUGGAUUUCAUAAGCAUCAAAGGGACUCGUUUUCUUUUACUGGCUUGGAAAAGGUUCCGUAUGGGCCGGGUAUGGAGGAUAUCAAUGAUGGGAUUCCUAGAUUGCCUCGGACGUUGUCUCACAAAUCUAGAAAAACUGUUAAGGUAUCAGAAGUGAGUUCCCUCUUGGGCAGAGCUGGUACAGUUGGACUUGGCAAGGCCGUAGAUGUUUUGGACACACUAGUUGCAAACACAAUAGUUAAGGGUGCCAAUCUAAUGCAAUCUCUUUCAAAAGAGAGCAUUAGACAUUUAAAAGAGGUUGUACUGCCAUCUGAUGGAGUGCAAAACUUAGUAUCUAGAGAUAUGAAUGAACUCCUGAGAAUUGCUGCUGCAGACAAGAGAGAAGAAUUGAAAAUUUUUUCUGGCGAAGUUGUGCGUUUUGGAAAUCGAUGCAAAGAUCCUCAGUGGCACAACCUGGAACGCUAUUUUGAGAAGUUAGGUUCAGAGCUUUCACCACAAAGGCAAUUGAAAGAGGAGGCAGAGAUUGUGAUGCAACAAUUAAUGACCUUUGUUCAAUAUACUGCUGAAUUAUAUCAUGAAUUGCAUGCCUUAGACAGGUUUGAUCAGGAUUAUCGACGCAAGCUUCAAGAAGAGGACAGUUCAAAUGCCACACAGAGAGGAGACAGCCUUGCAAUUUUAAAAGCAGAACUGAAGAGUCAAAAGAAGCAUGUAAGAAAUUUGAAGAAAAAAUCACUGUGGUCCAAGAUUUUGGAAGAGGUGAUGGAAAAGCUUGUAGAUAUCGUCCAUUUUCUAUAUUUGGAGAUAAACGAAGCAUUUGGUAGUGUUGAUAUAGAUAAGCAAGUGAAAGAUUCACAAGGCAACCAUAAGAAGCUGGGGGCUGCUGGUCUUGCUUUACAUUAUGCAAACAUUAUCACUCAAAUUGAUACUCUGGUGUCUCGAUCAGGUUCUAUGCCUCCUAAUACUAGGGAUGCUUUAUAUCAAGGGCUGCCUCCUAAUGUAAAAUCAGCAUUGCGCUCUAAGUUACAGUCAUUUCAGGUUAAUGAAGAGCUUACUGUCCCACAAAUGAAAGAUGAAAUGGAGAAAACAUUGAAGUGGCUUGUUCCUAUUGCUGCUAACACAACGAAAGCUCAUCAUGGCUUCGGAUGGGUUGGAGAAUGGGCAAACACAGGUUUCUAUAGGUCUGAUGUCAACUGUAAACCUGCCGGUCAGUCAGACUUGUUGAGAAUCGAAACACUACACCAUGCCGAUAAAGAUAAAACAGAAACAUAUAUACUUGAGCUGGUUGUCUGGCUACAUCACCUAGUCAUCCAAGUAAGAGUUGGUAACGGAGGAAUAAGGUCCCCUGUCAAAUCCCCGAUUCGUUCUCCGAACCAGAAAACGUUGCAACUGUUUACACAAAAAGGCUGCUCUACUUCUCCCUUGUUGACAAUCGAAGAUCAACAAAUGCUUCGAGAUGUUGGCAAGAGGAAACUAACACCAGGCAUCAGUAAAAGUCAGGAAUUUGAAACUGCCAAGACUAGGUUGAGCAAACACCAUAGGCUAAGCAAGAGUAGUAAUCAUUCCCCAAUCAGUGAAAGCAAAAAUGAUAUAUUCUGCACAAGACGGCGGCUACCUUCUAUUCCUUUCAUCGACUUUGAUAUCGACCGAAUAAAGGCCUUGGAUGUCAUUGAUAGGGUGGAUAGCAUUGGAGGUUCAUAA